GCGCUACUUUGUGGACAUGACCAGCAUGAAGGAGCACUUCAGGUCCAAGGUGCACAAGAAGAGCUCCUACAUCCCCCCGAAAAAGGUGGAAGUGCAGACACAGCCGCUGGAGGAAGUCAUCGAGAUGGAGGCGUCCAGCUGA